CCUGCUCACACAUGUAGGUAGGGCUGACUCAUUCUUUUAGAGGACUCAACUCUCUCCUAGAGAAGCUUCUGAAUGAGGAAGUGGAAUCCACAUAGGCAAGUUAUGAACCAUCCGUACCAACGAGGGCCCCAAACUGAGCGAUACUUCAGUUCUGUUUUUGGGAUGGCCGUGAAUACCAGGCUCCUCUGCUCUGUCUCCAUUUGUCUGCUAGGAGCUGGCCUCUUGGAUGCUGGAGUCAUCCAGACUCCAACACAUCUAAUUAUGGAGAAAGGGCAGAAUGCGGUGUUUAGAUGUAAUCCAAUUAAAGGACACUCCUAUGUUUUUUGGUACAGGCAGUUCCUGGGUGAAGACCUUAAAUUCUUGAUUUACUUUCAGAACGAUCAAAAGGUAGAUGAGUCAGGGAUGCCCAAGUCUCGAUUUUUGGCUAAACAUGUGGAAGACUUAAUCUUCAAGAUAGAAAUACAACCUACAGAGCUCGUGGACUCAGCUGUGUAUUUCUGUGCCAGCAGUGAAUCCACAGUGAAGCAGAAACACCUCCUCCCUGAGCUAAAACCUCCCAUGGUUCCACACAGGAAACAUCAGGGGUGGGAAAAGAAGACUGAGGGUAAUUCAGGCACUGGGUGCAGAGACCAACCUCAAGCUGUGUGGUACCUGGGCAGGGUAAGAGUGGGUAGAGGUCCCACAAUUCAGCACAUUGUCAUACUUAAUAGUAUCUUUUUGGUUUGGACCCAUGAUUUUGUUGGUAUAGGGAACUUCCAGUAA